AUGUCGUCGUCACCCGUGAUGACGCCGCCCGCCGUGGCUGCCAAUACUACCGCUGCUACUGCCCCGGAUCAAUCGUCGCUGUCUUCCCGGAUAGUUCAUUUCGAUACCCAAGCAAACCAAGUUCAGACAAUUCAACCGUUGACUUCCCGGGAUUCUCUGUCAUCCGAAGACGACGACGGUAUCGUUCUUGGCCAGGCGCAAUCCCCCGUCGUCGCUCCGCCUCAACCUGUCAAGCACGCUCGUUCCAUCAGCCGACAGGACCAUCAUAUGGAAGUCCAAGAGAUGGCCGAGAGGCUCAAGAAGGCCGGUCUCGCCAGGGGCUUUGGCUCCUGUCCUUUUCAGCAUUGUGGUUCCAUUCCGGUGUCGAGGGUCCCUUCAGCAGAAGGCAAUGUAUCUACGAAAUCGCUCUCCCGUCCGGGUUCUCAGGAACACCGCUCUCCUACUCCUCAUCGAAAUUCCUCCCUCUCCAGUAUCGAAAUCCCUCAGAUCAAGACCUCAGAGCCUCCCUUGCCUCGCUCCGUUCCAGCAGAUCCGCUUACGCCAGCGGCUUCGCACGACCAGGGACAGAAAGGUGAAGCCAAGGUUGCAUCCUUAAAACGGGAAGACGAUAGCUCUACAUCUGUCAAUGUUAUGACACCCGAAAUAUCUCCAGCUGCCCAUAGUCAGAAACAAGACAAGCAACCGGCUCUUCCAACAUUGACAACAGACCAACCGAGGGUGCCGAGAUUUAGCAUUGGAUCAGGAUCCGACCAAGAGCAUCGCUCUAGAGACAGCUCACCUCGUUCUGGCGCUGUAACUCCAAGCUAUCCAUCUUCUAGACCUUUCACACCAACUGGCGACAAGGACGAUCCGUAUGCUCGUAGCAAGCGACCCCCUCAGAGCAAAAGUAUCGAGGACAUCGAACCACGAUUCAAAUUCGAAAGACAUCACCACCACCACCAUCACCAUCACAAGGAGGAUAAGAAACACGGACGCUACCUUGGCGACAACGAUUCUCCCGGUGGCAGCCGUCAGAGUUCCUUCGCCGACCUCAAACGCUUCUUCAAAGGCUCCAAACGCUCGUCUUCUCCUAGCAAAACACAAGGCAGCACAACACCAAAAACACCGACAAGGACUAGUUCACGCCUUAGCGUCAACACACCAAUGCCGUUCGCCGACGAUAACGGUCUAACGAAAAAGUAUGGAAAAUUCGGAAAGGUUCUGGGCCAGGGUGCCGGCGGGUCUGUUCGGCUUAUGAGGCGACCGACCGAUGGCGUGACUUUUGCAGUCAAGGAAUUCAGAGCCAAGCACCAAUACGAAUCCGACAAAGACUACGCCAAAAAGGUCACAGCCGAAUUUUGUAUUGGCAGCACAUUACACCAUGGAAACAUCAUCGAAACCCUUGACAUUAUUCAUGAAAGAGGGAAAUGGUAUGAGGUCAUGGAAUAUGCGCCCUACGAUCUUUUUGCUACGGUUAUGACUGGAAAGAUGGGACGGGAAGAAAUUUCCUGCUCUUUUAUGCAGAUUUUGAACGGAGUCAAGUUUUUGCACGAUAUGGGACUUGCGCAUCGGGAUCUUAAGUUGGAUAAUGUUGUUAUCAAUGAGUUUGGUAUUUUGAAAAUCAUCGACUUUGGUAGUGCGGUUGUUUUUCGGUAUCCUUUCGAGAGUGACAUAGUCAUGGCACAUGGAAUUGUUGGAUCCGAUCCAUACCUAGCACCGGAAGUCUGCAAUGAUCUGAAAUACGAUCCCCAGCCAGCGGAUAUCUGGUCUCUUGCGAUCAUUUUCUGCUGCAUGUCCCUUCGUCGAUUCCCAUGGAAGGCGCCUCGGAUGUCGGAUAAUUCCUUCAAACUGUUCUGCGCAGCACCAACUCCAGAAGCGGAAAGGGAAAGUGCAGCCGGUGGGCUCGGAGGUGGAGAAGGUGCAGGAGCUGAAAGCUCUUCCGGCGCUACCCCGGCCUCUCCCACUAAUGAGAAGUUGGAGAAGAAGGACGGUGUUACACAAGCCAACCAGGUCAUUAAGGGACCCUGGAGGUUGUUAAGACUCCUUCCCCGAGAAAGCCGGCUGAUUAUCAACAGCAUGCUCAAGCUUGACCCUAAGAGCCGUGCCACUUUGCAAGAUAUCUACAACGAUCCCUGGGUAAAGGGAGCUCUUGAUGAAGGCAGAGUCUGCAGUCAACAAGACACCCAUCUCGGGGACCCGAGUACGCACGGAAGAGGCCCUGUUUACCAUGGAAUUGGGCAUGACCAUGUUUUGGAGAAGCCAGUAGAGACGCAGUCCAACACCCGGAACUCUACCGCUAAGCCUACUUAG